AUGCAAUGGGCAAAGUGAGCCGACCGAGCCGACCGAGCCGAGCUGAUGCCCCCCCCCCCCAAUCAUGGAUUAUCCAACCUCAACCUGUCGCGAGCGGAGCUGACUCCCGUGUACUCUACCCGCCCACGCGUCUCUCCCAGAUCGCCCGAGGCUCGCAAAUACUUUUUUUCGACCCAUUUCUGGGGGUCAGUCAUCUGGUCCAACGUCCUCUAGGUCGGGUUGCAAGACCGGGACCGAGCUCGUCGCUCGUCGCUCGUCGCUCGCGCCUCAGUCUCGCUCGGCUCGGCCUGGCGUCGAAGCAACUCCCCGCUUCGACGAUCACUGACUUCCUGCUUUCUUGAAAAUAGCCCAUUGGCCAACUGGGGCCUCCCCCUCGCCGCCUUGGCUGAUCUGAGCGGCAAGGACCCCGAGUUCAUCUCUGGCCCCAUGACCGUCGCUCUAACGUCCUAUUCGCAAGUGCCCCGCUCCCCUCUUGUGCAUUCGAACGCGUCGAGUGCUAACUGCCUUUUGUACCCUUUGCCUCUCAACAGGAUGGUGUUUAUGCGAUUCGGUACGUCGACGGGCGUCAUGUGAUCGUAGUAUGUGUCGCUUAUCCUUUCGUGUCCUUUUUGCCCCGACAGCCUGGAGAGUUCAGCCGAGAAAUGUCAGUCCACUCGACAAUCGAUGCGAACUUCUCUUGGAGUACUGAACCUUUCCGUUUCCAACAUAAUCGCUAGUACCUCUUGUUCGCAUGCGUAAGCCCAGGCAGCUAAACCAUUGGAAGCACGCCAAGAUGGGAAGAGGCCCUGAUCCCAAACUCGGCCUUGUACACCUCGCACUUCGAUGCUCUUCGCAUUCCUCUCUACAGCACGCAACCAACGCAACAGCACAACUGGCUCAAGGCUUCCGAUUCGUCAAAUGUACGUGUUCAGAGUUGAAUCGAGCGAACAAAAUCCGGAUAAUCGGGACUGACCGAAAUCACAUCUUCGUUCAUCUUCUGAACCACCGCAGACCACUGUCAGUAGUUGCCCUUUUCAGCGUGUCGAGGGGACCCCAGACGCUUGCACAAUCGAGUAGUCGAGCACGGGGACCGAUGGGAUGCUAACCUCUUUGUCACCUCUUAGACUCGGGUGAAAAAUCCCCCGUCGUCGAAGCCGCCAAGGAUGCCGUCGGAAAAUGA